CUUUUUCAAGUUAUUCCUUUUUAAAGCUAAAUAUGCGGCUUGAUAGUGGAGAAAUUAAUGGGUUAUCAUAAAACUACUUACUAUAAGAAAAGUGAGUCUCCCGUAUCUCAACCCUCUGGCCAUUCGCGUUGAUUUUUUGGCAUCUUGUUUCAGCGUUCUAUGCUGUAGAUCCUAAUGGGGGUCAGAAAAUUGUUGCAGAACCAUAGCGAUGUCCUGCCAGCCAUAUCUGCUGGAGAUCAGCUCAGAUAAAUAUGGAUGAUCUCCAUAUAGUAUCUAUUUCCCCUGUUAGUCCACUCAAGAUUGAUGAACAGAAGGCACAUGGAGGGCCUAUUGUGGGUAGCAAUUGUUUGUUUAAAUCAGUUAACACUAGUAGCUUUCCAAGAUCUCAUUUUCUACGGCAAUCUUGCAAAAGUGGCUUUACAAACAAAACAAACAAGUGGAGAUUGCGUUCUAAUUCUUCAUCUCAAAAUCCAUUCAACAGUGGUGCAUCAGAUGGGUCUGCUGAGGUAUGCAAGGGAGAUAAAGCUGCUGAAAGAAAUUCAAAUAAGAAAACUAGAAAGAGGGGAAAGCGGAAUAAAAAUCUCCUGGGCAGUAAAGGCUUAACUGAGUAUGGAUAUGUAUGUGGAAAAUUGACGUCAGUCAGUGAAAAUACGCAUAGUUUUGGUCCGCCUGUAUAUAAAACUGAAUUGGCAGUUUCUCCACCAGAACCUUGUUGUAAUAGUAACAGUCAUCAGCCCAAAAAUAUUGAAAUAAUAAAUGGUCCAGCAAAAACAAAGGCAUUGACAUCCUAUGAAAAUCUGGUGGAGACAUCAAAAGCUUCAAACCUGUCUUCAUCUCAAAAUUUUAGUCAUGAAUCUCAUGCCUCUCAUUGCAAUGGACUCAAAAUUUUCAGUGGAGAGAGACAAUGUAUGCAUAAUAAAUCAAUCAGCUCCUUAGAUCAUCCUUGUUAUGCCAAGAUGAAUGACUCCCUUGUUUUGGAUUUCUUGUCACUUGGUUUAGAGAGUGAAGAAAGUUGUCCUGAAAAUUAUUUCAGGCUCUGCGAUGAAAAGAAUGAUGAUGCUGACAUUACAGAAUUGCCUCAUUACAUUAUCAGGAAACAGAUUUCUCCUGAAGAUAUGCUAAUUGGUAAUACUGAACAUUGUGAUGAUGCAGAGAACAUAGACAUAAUUAGGAAGGAUUCUAAUUGUGAAAGAAAUUUGCAUAAUCCAGGAAUGAAAGAGAAGCAUUUAAGAAAAGUUCCAAAGAACUUUAAUAUCUUCAGAAGAUGCAGUUUCAGAAAUUUAAAACAGCAUUCUGGGAAAGAAAGCAGUAAUUCUGUAUGGCAGAAGGUUCAGAGAAAUGAAGAUGAAUGCAGACCUAAGUUUGAAAAGGUAAACUCAGUGUGUUCAGAAUUUUUUGAUGAGACAGAAGAGGGUCCUGUAUAUAAAAAGGAUAGUAAUGUUGCUGAAUGUUACAUGCUCUUGAAACCUGAAAAUAAAAAUCAGACACAGCUCAAGACUUCUGGAAAGCUGAAAAGAAAAAUGAGCCCAGGUUCAAAGAAAGAGUACAUCUCUCACUGUUGGAAAUCAUUCCAUGCUGUAAAGAUUUCUUCAAAUUUUUAUUCAAAGACUAAUAUGCGACAGAAUGAAUUCUUGGAUUCUGCUCAAAUAAGCCAGAGAAAAGGUAAUGGUGUUUCCAAUGCACAUUCGAGUAACUGGUGUCCUAGGAUUGGACAUCGUCCUGCGAAAGUUGAUAUCGGUACAUUUAAACAUAUUCACCAUACUGAAAUGUCGUCAACUAAUUUGGAGGCAUGUGACCGAGUCUAUAUUGCUGUUUCUGAUUUGACAGAUCAACCUGCAGAAAAUCAAGUGAACUUGCUAUUCAAUUCAUGUGUCCCCCUUGGCCCGUCAGAGUUGCACAAGCAACUUUCUGGACUAAGCCUUCAUAUUCAUGUGGAUGAUGAAAAUGACAAGAGAGAGAAAGAAGUCCCUCUUGCAGUUGGUGGCAGGCAGGACGACGACUCUGCAGCUGUUUUAGAGGAAAGGAAAUCUAUUGGGGUUGGAGAUGCUGACGUUCAAGGUGUAAGUUGCAAUAGUUUGUCUAUUGGAGAGCUUCGUGAGUUAGCUGAUAAAAGCUUGAGUCCUGAAGUCAUUGCAGAAGAGAGAUUGGCUUCUAAUCCUUACCCUCUGGUUUUUUCAGAAAAUAUUGGAGUAACAUACAAUGAUCAGAGUUCUAACAACAUUAAUGAUUUACCUUUUGGAGAUGAACAUCAGGUUCAGAAGUCAAUGUAUAAAAGCACAUGCUUGCCUGCAGAGCGCAGUGGCAAUCAUGCUGGUGCAACAUGCUGGAUUCCUGAAAUCAGAAGCCAAAUUGUUUUUGAUUCUGAAAAUCAAUCAAACGACAUUGUUUCGUUAGUGAAUGGUGUCAUUGGUCACAACUAGCCUCUGAGGCUAUUGAGAUGGCUGCUGGUUGUCCGAUUCUGAAUUUGAAAGAUUUCUUCACUCGGCCUCUCCUAUUCUAUGUCCAUCUCAUGAUGUCUUCAGUGGUCAGACUUGCAAGGCCAAGCAGGUUGCUGGUAUAUCUGUGCAUAGGGAUGAGCCACUUAAUCUCUCUUUGGGGAGCUUGUGGCAGUGGUAUGAGAAGCCUGGUUGCUAUGGUCUGGAAGUAAUAGCUGAAGAUUGUGAAAAUUCAAAGAAAUUAGGAAUAGAUCAUUUUGAAUUUCAUGCCUAUUUUGUCCCAUCUUUAUCUGCUGUGCAGCUUUUCAGAAGAUACAUGCCUUGUCCUACAGGAAAGAGCGACGUGAUGACUGAAACUGUGACAGGCAAGCCACAAGAGAUGAAUGAAACUGUAAGAUUUGCUGGUGCCACGCUUAUUCCAAUAUAUUCCAUACUUGUACCUCAACAUCACACUGAAAACAAACCCAUUUUGCCACCACAAAAUCAUGUCUCUGACUCUCAGCCACCUUCAUCGUGCAAAAAGGAAAAUGAGAUUAAUCGACCUGUCGGAUCAAAUUUUGCUGAUGAUAUAGAGCUUCUUUUUGAAUAUUUUGAAUGUGAACAACCUCAACAAAGACGUCCACUGUUCGAAAUGAUAAAGGAGCUUGUUAGAGGUGAAGGACAUUCAAAAUGCAGAGCACGUGGAGAUCCCACUGUUCUAGAGCAGGUAUUCAGUUGCAUGGUAUCCCAUUUAUAGAAUACCUGAUGGCUCUCUUCGUGCAGCUUUCUUGACUUACCAUUCACUUGGCCAUUUGGUACGCAAAGACCCCAUACAUGAUUCGUCGGUGGAUACUUG